AUGGAGCGGGCGCUGCUGCCCCUCCUGUGCCGCCGGACCGUGCGGUUCUGCCGGGCCGGGCUCCGGUUCCGCUGCAGCCGCGGGGCCGAGGAAGGAGCGCCCCGGGACCGCGAUCCCCCCGCAUCCCUCCCACGGAGCGGGCAGGGAUCGCGGACCGGCUGGGAGCUGUGGCGGGCACAGCAGGAUUUCCCCCGGGCGGGCAAGGGCAGGGGGAAGGGUCUGGAGCGAACUGCGGCGUUCCUGGAGAGGACUAAAGGCUCCGAGAUCCUGUUCGGGGUAGCCCCGUGCUGGCUGGCGCUGGCCCGGGCACGGAGGGCCCUGUUCCGCCUGUUCCUGAAGGAGCGGCGCGGCGGCCCCGGGCGGCCCGUGAGGGCCGAGCUCGGCCUGCAGGCCGCGGCCCGCGGGGUGCCGGUGCUGCACGUCCCGGGCCGGGCUCUGGACGCGCUGUGCCGGGGCCGGCCCCACCAGGGAGUGUGUCUGGAGGCCGCCCCGCUGCCCUUCAGGAGCCUGCGGGACGCUGAGGAGCCGCAGCCUCAGGGGGAUGGAGAGAGCGGGAGCCGGCAGCGGCUGUGGCUGGUGCUGGAGCACAUCCAGGAUCCCAUGAACCUGGGGGCCCUGCUGCGCUCUGCGUACUUCCUGGGGGUGGAGAGAGUGGUGGCGACCCACAGCAACAGCUGUCCCUUGACUCCCAUAGUGAGCAAAGCCAGUGCUGGAGCCAUGGAGGUCUUUGAUGUGUACAGCACGGAUGAUCUGCAGGGCUUUUUGAAGGCUAAAAGUGCAGAAGGCUGGGAAGUGGUGGGAACAGUCAGCAGGCCUGAGGAUGUGGAAGAUGUUCCUGUCAUCAGCUGCUCGGAAUUCCAGUGGGACAAACCCCUUAUUGUAGUGAUAGGGAGUGAAGGGGCAGGACUUUCCCUGGAGACUCAGCUGCAGUGCCAGAGGAUGCUGGCCAUCCCCCCUGGCAGGGCGCUGCACCCCGGCAUCGACUCCCUCAACGUCUCUGUGGCUGCAGGUAUCCUCCUGCACUCCAUCUGCAGCCAGAAGCGGAGGCAUGGAGAUUGAAAUCCUCUUUAUUUGGUGGAGGAAGCUGCUCAGUGUGGAUAUGGAAAUGCUCUUCCCAGGGUCUCCACCAUCACUGUGAUUUCCAGGGAGACCCUCAGUGACCUGAACUGUAUUUUGGCUGCUGCAGAAGCCACCAGAUCCCUGACUUAACACCAAAGGCAGACACCUGAUGGUGUAGGUAACCCCUGGCAGGAGCAGGCAGUUUUGGCAAGAAAACACCCAGGGAUGACUGCCAGCACUGUGCUUGUGCACAGGGGACUUUGUGCAUCACUCAAACCGUGGGGACAAUUUGGGCUGUGGGUGAAAGUGCCCUGUGCCCUCCCCCUGGGCAGCAGCUGAGAGUGCCAGCUAUGCUUGGGAACCACUGGAGCUGGUUUUUGUGUAUUUGGUUUUAAACCAGGUGUGCAUCCCUGCCGAAGCUGGAGUGGGAGGA